AUGGAGGUACACGUCCAGCCACGGAUACUUUCUGAGGCGGUGGAGAAGAUUAUUCCAACCAGCACCACGACCGAUUCCAACGUAACGGUCACACCCGUGCCUGCUGCCCUGAUCGAUACGACAUUCUCGUCCUCGACGGUGCUGACGACCACGGUUCUCGGGGCGUCAAUUGUGUCAUGCUCAGACGAAUACUUUGCCGCGGCCUCGAACCUGCUCACGCCCACUCCACCGAUCCGCAAACCGGGUUAUUUCGUGCACACGGGUGCAUGGUAUGACGGGUGGGAGACAAGAAGACAUAACCCCAAGGAAUUCGACUGGGUCGUGAUCAAGCUGGGUGCGGUGGGGCGGAUUGAAGCGAUCGAAGUCGACACGGCAUAUUUCAAUGGCAACGAGGCUCCCUUUGCAGGGCUGGACGGAUGUUAUCUCACCGCCGAACAAGAGCAGAACAGCGGCGUCGACAAGGAAGACUUCCAAGGCUGGAACGAGGUGCUGCCACCGUCGAAAUGCGGGCCCAGUCAACGGCAGGCAUGGCAAGUGUCUGGGCCUGGAAUCGCGGGCAAAGAAUUCACGCAUCUAAGGUUGAAGCAAUAUCCGGACGGUGGAAUCGCCAGGUUGAGAGUAUACGGCGAGGUCGCGCCCCCACCGCUCCCUGCCGGUGCAGCUGCUGCGGACGAGAGACCACUGGAAGACCUGGCGUACGCACUCAAUGGCGGUGUGGCGGUCGAGUGCUCCGACCAGCAUUUUGGCGGCAAGGCUUACCUGCUUCUACCUGGGCGAGGGAAGGACAUGGGCGACGGAUGGGAGACUUCGCGGAGUCGGGCCAAGGGUCACACCGACUGGGUGAUUGUUAGGUUGGGGCUGAAGGGGCGAAAGAUUGAAAAGGUCGUCGUCGACACCAAGGACUUCCGCGGUAAUUUCCCAAAGGCCGUCAUGGUGGAAGGCUGGUCGACCGAGUCUGCGAAGGCUGCGCUGGGCACGGAGUCGGAUCCCAAGGCUGGCGAUGCUGGGUGGGUGCCCUUGAUCCGGGGAGAACAGCCUUGCAAGGCCGACACGGAACAUGUCUUUGAAGAGCAGGAUCUGGUCGCCUCUGAGCCUCCGGUGGGUCACGUUUGGACACAUGUUAAGAUGUCGAUUAUUCCGGACGGGGGCGUGAAGCGGAUAAGGAUAUUUGGAAGAAGGGCAUGA